CGAAGUAGUAGGCCUCAGUUUAAUUCUCAAUUUCUGAUCUAUUUACAAUGGAACCAUGGUACAUAAUAACGAAAGCGAUUAUUCAUUCGAAAGAGUUUUGAGACACAUCAGUUUUGUGAAAGGACCGAGACCGGACGACUGCAACGGCAUCCAUUUGGUACCGGACGACCUAAAAUGUGAGUUCGUUCGGAGCACACCGUCAUGCGCCGGAGGAGUUUUCUACUUAGACUACACAAAUUACCUGUACUGUACAAUUGGUGCUGAACGGGAAACAUGUUUCAAGUUAGGUUUCGCCCUGUUGGUUAUUCUGCUGCUGCUCUGCUUUACAAUUUUGGGAACCACCGCUGAUCAGUUUUUCUGUCCAGUCCUGGCCGUUAUAUCGAACACCCUGAAAAUAAGCGAGAGUGUGGCCGGAGUAACGAUUUUGGCGUUUGGAAAUGGAUCACCUGAUAUUUUCACAUCACUCAGUCAUCCGGACAGUGAUACGGAAAUGAUGUUCGGUGAACUGCUGGGCGCAGCGUUGUUUGUGAUUGGCAUCGUGGCCGGAACCGUGCUACUGAUACAACCUUUCCAUAUUAGUCCUUUCGGGAUUGUGCGUGAUACUUUGAUAUUCAUCUUUGUAGUUGGAUGGGUCACGGGUUGCGCCUAUGACGAACGAUUUAAGUUGUACGAUGCUAUCGUUGUUCUGGCGGUUUACGGUAUUUUCCUGGUGAUUGUGCUAGGCGAAUUCAUCUCCAUGAAAAAGCGUCUCGCUGAAGUGGGAUCCAGCAUAUCCCUGCACGGAGACCUUCCCAUGGAGGAUUCGCACUACAAGGAAUUGAGAAACGAAACCGUGGUUGUGAUCAAACCUCGUCGCGGUGGGGAGCGUGACGAGGUUGAUGUUCAGCGUAACAGAGUCAGUGUAUUCCGGCAGGGUCCGUUUGGGGUUUCGCCCAACUAUCGACUGUUUUCGGAUUUUUGUGAUCAUUUGCGCCCGAUCAAUAAGGACGAGUGGCAAGAAAGUGGUGCCUUCAAAAGGGCCAUCACUGUGAUGCAGACUCCUGUUCUGUUCGUGUUAAAUCUGUUGAUUCCCACCGUUGACUAUACGAUCGAAAGGCACGGUUGGUGCAAGUUGCUCAACAUGCUGCACUGCCUGACGUUACCACUUACGAUGCUGCUUAUCGAUGGUUUUUUCUUUACAACACUCUGGGACGUCCCCCUCUGGCGAUGGUGGCUUCUAGUAGCUGCCGUACUAUUGACAACCAUCUUCUUCACCUCCCGAACGGAUCGACCACCGUUUUAUCACCUGGCCUAUGCAGCAAUGGUAUUCGUCGGAUCGAUCCACGUCAUCUACAUCGUGGCCCAGGAGGUGGUCAGCCUGCUCGCCACGAUGGGACUGGUGAUGAAGCUGUCCCGCUCGAUGAUCGGCCUAUCGGUUCUGGCCUGGGGCAACAGCGUCGGGGAUUUGUUUUCGAAUAUUACCCUGGCCAAACAGGGCUACGGGAAGAUGGCGUUUGCUGCCUGUCUGGGAGGACCUUUGUUUAAUUUUUAUUCAACAGAUUUAUGUCUCGGACUUGGAAUAGCGUUGGGCUCAAAGGCACUCAAAACGAAGGAGCACGUUGCCAUCUCUCGUGAAGGAGCAAUGAGCGAAAACUGUGAAGCAUUCCUGAUUCAGUUGCUGGCCACCCUUUUGCUGGCACUGCUGCUGACCGAUUUUCAGGGCCGUCGGAGCAUCGGAUUGAUCAUGAUCAUCAUCUACCUGGUGUUUAUCGUUUUCUGUUUACUCGGGGAGCUGGAAAUUAUCCAUCCGUACGGGACCGACCACUAUCCCAACGAUGAACCCAGCGAGGCGUGAGA